AAAGGUCAAAUUGACCUUCUACUUCCAUAUCCUCAUUCUGAACUUCAUUCCAGCCGGCCGGGAAAGGUUAUCUGGUUAGACAAAUGAGCAUUUCCUGCGCUCCAUUCCUCGUCUCCAAGUCAAUCGGAACGAAUCCACCGAACUCCCUCAGAAUAUCUCCGGUAAAGAAACCCGAUCCCGCCGUUUCACUGCUUCAGCUCUGCGUCAAUCUCCGGGAGCUCCGGCAAGCUCACGCCGUUCUCGUGAAGACUUGUCUAAUCAGAGAGAAGCGCGCUUUCGGCCGCCUCCUCUGGUCUUUCGCUUCGCUCCAUGAUCAUGACUCCCGUGGUCUCGAUUACGCUCAGAAGCUGUUCGAUCUCGCGGAGAUUCCGCGGAACUCGUUCAUGUACAAUGCACUGAUGAGGGCGCAUUCGAGCCACGGCGAUCCGAGGAGGGCGUUUAUGCUUUAUGCGGCUAUGGUUUGCGAAGAAGUUGAAGGAGAUUCAUCUGUGGUUCCUGAUGAUUUUACUUUCACUUUCGUUUUCUCUGCUUGUGCCAAGUUUAAUGGGAUUUCGGAAGGCAAACAGGCUCAUGCGCAGAUGGUGAAGUGGCCGGUUGAGUUUGGAGUUCAUUCGUGGAACUCGUUGAUGGAUUUCUACGUGAAGAUUGGGGAGCCCGGAGCAGCGGUCCUUCGAUUGUUUGAGGGGAUUGAGAACCCUGAUGUUGUUUCUUGGAAUUGCUUGGUUGAUGGGUAUGUGAAAUCUGGACAGUUGGAAACGGCAAGGGAGCUGUUUGAUGAAAUGCCUGAGAGAGAUGUUGUGUCUUGGACGAUCAUGCUUGUGGCUUAUGUCAAUGCUGGCUUGCUUACCGAGGCUGCUAGAUUGUUUGACGAGAUGCCUGAGAGAAACUUGGUCUCUUGGACUGCCCUGCUCAAUGGUUAUGUACACAUGGGGUUCUACAGUAGGGCUUUGGACGUUUUGGAAGAGAUGCAAUCAGCAAGCGUCCAUAUGGAUGCCCUCACCAUAACAACUCUACUUUCUGCUUGUGCUGGAUUAGGAGCUCUGGAUCAAGGUUGUUGGUUACACAUGCAUAUUGACAAACAAAGCAUAAGGGUUGAUUCCCAUUUGUGCACUGCUUUGAUUGAUAUGUAUAGCAAAUGUGGGCGAAUUGACAUGGCUAGGAAAGUGUUCAAAGAUACAACAGACAAGACAGUAUCGGUCUGGAAUUCUAUGUUGGGAGGAUUGGGGACUCAUUCCUUUGGGAAGGAAGCUGUCAAACUCUUUGAAAAGAUGAUGGAUGAUGGAAUAGAGCCAAAUGAGAUCACCUAUAUUAACGUGUUGGCUGCUUGCAAUCAUUCAGGUUUAGUUCAUGAUGGUUUCCGAAUUUUCAACAGAUUGAUGAAGGAUCAGGGCCUGCAGCCAAACAUUGAGCACUACGUGUGCAUGGUGGAUCUUCUGGGUCGCGCAGGAUUUUUACAAGAUGCAUUGGAGGUCAUUAGUAAUAUGCCAAUGAAAGCCGAUGGCGCUAUCUGGAGAGCCCUGCUUAGUGCCUGUAAAAUGCAUGGGAAAGUAGAGCUGAUAAAUGAAAUUGGCAGGGUUUUGAUAGAAUUAGAGCCCUCAAAUCAUAUGAACUAUGUGCUGCUUUCAAAUGCUAAUGCAUUUGUUAAUAGAUGGAAAGUUGUCGGAAAGCUAAGGAAGGAGAUGAAACUUAAAGGGUUGAUGAAAGCUCCUGGAUGCAGUUCAAUUGCAUUGAAUGGUGUAGUUCAUGAGUUUGUUGCAGGUGAUUGUUCCAUAGCUGAAAGUAGAGUGAUUUCAGAGCUUUUGUAUGCUAUGUCUAAUCACAUAAAGCAAGAUGGGUUCAAGGAUUUCUAGUUUCCUUGCUCUAAUGCCAUUACACCAAACUUUUACUGAAUGGCGAGACUCUUGUUUUAUUGAAGAAAGUUAGAUCUCUUACUGGUUCAAUCAAACGGAUAUUGAAAACAUGGUUCAUUAUCAAGGUGGCAACAGCUGAGACCAUCUUCAUCAGCCAUUCUUGAGCAUGGAUGUGGUUACUGGAUUAUGAACAACUGAAGAUGCAUGGAAAGAGACUCGUAAGCUCCUGGAUAUCCUGACAGAAGACUGUAAGAGGUAAAAUCAAACCAUGGCGGAGGAGGAGAAUAAGCAAAAAGCAACAAAGGGGCGGCAGAAGAUAGCCAUAAGGAAAAUAGAGAACAAGAGCCACCGUCAGGUCACGUUCUCUAAGCGCAGGAAUGGUCUGGUCAUGAAAGCCAGUGAGGUCAGCCUCAGUGGAGCUCAUGUGGCAGUCAUCGCCUUCUCCCCUGGCGGGAAGGUUUUCUCCUUUGGUUACCCUGACACCGACUCUGUCGUUAGACGCUACAUGGGAGAAGAAAGUUGGGAGCUUCAGGAUUGUCCUGUGUCAGGUUCCUCCGUUUUCCAUACUCAUCAGCAGCUGAGAGAAGAGCAUGAGGAGUUGCUGAACAGGUUUCAGGUCGAGAAGAUGCAUACUGCCAAGCCAAUGGAGGAGCAGGUGAAGCGAGGGCAGAAUGGAGGGGGGUUCUGGUGGGAGGAGGAGAGGGUGGAAGAUAUGGGUUUGGAAGAGCUGGGGGCUUUCGUGAAAGCUGUUGAGAAGCUAAGGGAGAAUGUGAUCGGUAAGGUGAACAUGGACUAGAUGAUCAAAGUUUGUGUUUGAAGUUUUUCUGUUGUCUUGAUUGGUAUUCUUGACUUAGAUGUGAAUAAUCUUGGAAUGGAAAUAUGCGUAAUUACAAGGGCGCAGAUAUACACUGCCUUGGGUUUGAAGUAACUGUUUAUUGUGUUUGAAUUUUGAAAGGGGAGGGGGAUGAGAAGUUGCAACAUCCACAGUUCUUAUUGGUACUAUGAUGUUGCAGCGGUAGAUCGGAUAAGGGCUCUUGUGCAGUGAGUUCAAGUCCCUUGUUGUCCCUGAUUGAGUCAUAAUCGUUGUGUUAAGUGAUUUAGUGGAGGUUUGUUUUGGAG